GGUUACGGGAGAUCUGCAUCGCUCAACCCACCAAUCAACCCACCAACACCAAACACCACCACCUCGAUCAAACCAAACGCGAUACGAACCUCCGCGCCGUGUCGUCAUUGCAUCCGUCGCCUUCCUCAGUUCCGCGCACAGAACCAGUCCCCACAAUAAUGACGACCUUCCAGCCGCCACCUACGGGUCCCAUCCCGACCUCCUCGCGGGACCUGGGCAAGUCUCACACACAGCUGGGCUGGCGCAUCAGCACGCACAAGUUUCCGAUCUGCAACGCAACCGAAAUCAACACGAUGACGUCCGAGCUCGGGAUCGCGCCGCCCGAAAUGAUCUUCGGCAACAACUCUGUGCGGAUUGUGCACGUGGCCAGCGGGUUCACGGUAUCGUUCACGGCGCAGGAUGCGCUCGACGCUGUUGACAAAACCGGCGCGACGAUGCUGAAGGUCGCGUACUCCGAGGAGUGGCAGCGCAUGCGUGAGAAGCUCUCGGAGGAGAUUAAGGAUGUCAUUAGGCCGUUUGAUUGGAGCUAUUCGUCGAGCUGGAAGGGGAGGGUGGAGGGCGGUACAGCGGUGCUGAAGGAGGUGGGGCCGGAUCAGGGAAUCCCCUAUGAGAAGCUCAGACGGCCAGAUCCCAUCUUGCUGUUCGAUGAGGUCGUGCUGUAUGAAGACGAGCUGGCGGACAAUGGCAUUGCGGUGAUGAGCGUCAAGGUGCGGGUCAUGCCCGAGAGAUUGCUGGUUCUUCAGAGGUUCUUUUUGCGACUGGAUGGAGUCGUCGUGAGGAUUCGCGAUACGAGGGUGUAUGUGGAGUUUGCGACGGGCGAGGUGGUGAGGGAGUAUGUGAGCAAAGAGGCGAAGUAUGAGGAUGUUAAAAAGAAAUUCGCGAUGCACCCGCAGGAUGACAUCCCGAGUCUCUUGAGAGAUCCGAACCAGCUCGUUGAUGUGCUACCGAUCAUUGAGACGACGAGGGAGAGAACCAUGGCAAAAUAGAUGGCUUUUGAUUCUACCAUGUUUGAUUUGGAGACCCUGGUGUUAUUGUUUUGUAAAACGAGUACUUGAUAGAUAAUUCUUGUAGUGAGGUGAAUUCGUCACCCUUCCGCUAGAUUCAAACAUUGCAUCUCACUCACCAGCAGCCCAUCAUAACUCAUGGGGCUCGGUUCGGCGGGCACUGUAUCCCCGGCUACAAUCUGAUAACCCAGAUCUCCCGUAG